AUGGUCUUCACACGCGAUGACUAUACGGUCGCAUGGAUCUGCGCCUUGCCUCUGGAAAUGGCGGCCGCAAAGGCCAUGCUGGACGAGGUUCAUCCUCCGCUCCCCCAGCCAGAUACCGACCACAAUGUCUACACACUUGGGAGGGUUAGCAGCCACAAUGUAGUGGUGGCCUGCCUGCCUGGCGGUGUCUAUGGGACGAUAUCCGCUACAGCUGUGGCGUCACAUAUGGUCUCUACCUUUCGGAGUAUCCAGUUCGGAUUGAUGGUGGGUAUUGGAGGUGGAGUCCCGAGCCAAAGUGCUGACAUUCGCCUUGGUGAUAUUGUGAUCAGCAAGCCAACUGCCACUUCAAGUGGUGUUAUCCAAUAUGACUACGGCAAGACACUUCGUGACGGACGAUUUCAGCACAUCGGGUCGCUUAAUAAACCGCCGUCGGUGUUGUUGAAGGCUAUGUCUCAAUUAGAGAGUGAUUAUAUGACAGGGAAAAGGCCGGUUAGUGAGAUCUUAAUUGAUAUACAGCACAACUGUGAAGAGAUGAGAGAAAACUUUUCGCGACCGAAAGACGACUGGCUGUUCCGACCAACAUACAAUCAUAAGGAUGGCGAACACAACUGUUCAGCAUGUGAUCUGACCCAGUUAGUGAACCGUCCCGAGCGGAUAACUGAUGACCCUUAUUUCCAUUAUGGUUUGAUCGCCUCCGGAGAUCAGGUCAUUAAAGAUGCCAAGACUCGAGAUUCCAUUGCUCAGGAUCUAGACAUACUCUGUUUUGAAAUGGAGGCUGCUGGGCUCAUGGACGAACUCCCAUCACUUGCCAUUCGAGGCAUCUGUGACUACUGUGAUUCCCACAAGAAUAAACAGUGGCAAGGAUAUGCGGCCCUUGCUGCUGCUGCCUACGCGAAGGCUCUUUUGUCAGUGGUUCCCACUUACUGCUACAAGAAGGAAUCAUAUAAAUCAAGGCAGCCAGUUUGGGUGGUCCCCUUCGGAAGAAACCCGCGAUUCGUAGGUCGGGAAGAAGAAAUCACCAGAACCGAGGAAUUGAUUGUGCAACAGGACGGACCUGGUAAAGUUGCUAUCUGCGGAUUAGGCGGAGUUGGGAAGACCCAGAUCGCACUUGAACUGGCAUACCGCAUGCGAAAACGAGACCCUGAGUGCUCGAUAUUCUGGAUUCAAUGUACUAGCUAUGAGAGUGUGGAACAAGCCUACAUAAUCAUCGCCUCAAAGCUAGGAAUGACCGACAUAAAGCCGGCAGAGGUAAAAGAAAAGGUCACGGCCUAUCUCAGCCAGGAGAGUGCCGGGAAGUGGCUUCUUCUUUUUGAUAAUGCAGAUGAUAUGGAGAUGUGGAGCCAGGACAACACUAAUAAUCCAGUUCUGGCAAACUUUCUUCCUCGAAGUGAGCAGGGCCAUAUUCUCUUCACCACACGCAGCCGGAAGGUAGCUGUGAAACUGGUGUCUUCUCAUGUAAUAACAAUCUCUGAGCCGGACACAGAGACUGCUCUCAAAAUUUUACAAAACUCACUGGUUGAAAAAACUUUACUUAAUGAUCAUGAUAUGGCUAUUACUCUUCUUGAGCAGCUGGCCUUUCUCCCGUUGGCGAUCACCCAGGCGGCAGCAUAUAUCAAUGAAAACAGCAUUGGCCUCUCUGACUAUAUAAUACUUUUACAAGACCAGGAGCCAGAUGUGAUUGAAUUGCUGAGUGAAAACUUUGGGGACGAAAGGCGAUACAAAGACACCCAGAAUCCUGUUGCGUUAACCUGGUUCAUCUCCUUUCAGCAAAUUCAGCGAUCAAAUGAACUCGCGGCAGACUAUCUGUCAUUCAUAGCCUGCAUCAGCCCUCGCGGUAUUCCGCAGUCCUUACUUCCCCAGCCAAUCUCAACUAAGAAGAGAGUUGAUGCCAUCGGCCUCCUCAAGGCCUUCUCCUUUAUUAGUGAGGAUGGCGGGAACCAGUUUCUAAAUACACACAGACUAGUCCAUUUUGCGACUCGGAACUGGAUGAGAAAGAGCCAACAGUUUAGCCGGCAUAUAUUGAAAGCUGCAGACCGAUUGAGCGAAGCUUUCCCGAACAAUGACCAUGCUAAUCGGAAGCUAUGGCGGGAAUAUCUGCCGCAUGCUUUUUCGCUAUUAGCAGAAGCUGACUUCCAGAAGGAGCAGGAGAGAUAUAUUAAGUUGAUUGGGAAUAUUGGGAACUGUCUAUAUAGUGACGGCAGAUGGAAGGAAGCAGAAGAGCUGGAAGUACAGGUGAUGGAGCUCUGCAAGCAAGUGCUGGGACCAGAGCAUCCAGAUACUCUGACCAGCAUGAACAA